UUCUCGCCACAAUGCCAGUAGGAGGUAAGUCUGACCUACCAACAGGAAUUCCUUGAUGCAAUAUCUAGAAGGUAGACAUCUGUCACAAGAUUGACAAGAUUUAUUAGAUUGCCAAAAGCUUCCCUAAUCUUUGUGGCAAGUUCAUGAAAUCAGCCAGAUCUUCUGAUGAUUUAUGUUCAGUUCCUUUUCAGAAGUAAUAUAUUGAAAAAUGAUCAUGAUUAUCAGUAACCUAUCACUGCUUUAUGUCGUUUCAAUAAAAAUACUUCAUCAGUUAAUGAGACAAGCGUAAAUUAUGUCUCCUGGAAAUUUUUUAUUUUGAAUUAGAUAGCAUGACAAGAGACAAUGAAAUAACUAACCACAUGUAUUUGUUGACUCCCAGAUCCAUCCAUAAAUCUUGUAAGAUCUUUGCAUCAGAUCCGAGCACAAAGUUCUCAAGGAUUCGAAGUUGGAGAAAAUGGAGGGUUCUUCGACACUACCAAAGUUUUCUCAGAGGAGAUGCCUCGAAGAGAUAAUCAAUUCUAGCGAGGACAACCUCCCUUCUGCGGCAGUCGUGGAUUUUCCCCUUGACAGAAAAGGGAAGAAGAUGAGAGUUUAUCAUGCUCCGCAACCAAGGAAGCCAAGCACGUCUUGGACGGCGGAAGAGGACGAAACAUUACGAGCAGCAGUCGAGAAAUUCAAGGGCCGAAAUUGGAAACAGAUUGCUGCGAGUUUACCGAAUCGGUCAGAUGCUCAGUGCCUUCACCGCUGGCAAAAGGUUCUUAAUCCUAUCCUGGUUAAAGGAUACUGGAGCAAAGAGGAGGACGACAAGAUGCUCGAAUUGGUCAAAACGUUCGGCACGAAGAGAUGGGCUGCCAUCGCUCGGGCAAUGCCUGGCAGAAAUAGCAAGCAGUGUCGAGAGAGAUGGUGCAAUCAUCUGGAUCCCAAGAUAAAAAAGGAGCCGUGGAGUGAAGAAGAGGACAUGAUGUUGGUUAUGGCUCACCAGAGGUUAGGCAACAGAUGGGCAGAGAUCGCAAAGAUCAUUCCUGGCAGGUCGGACAAUGCCAUAAAGAAUAGGUGGAACACGGCAAAGAAUAAACGGUCGGAUGCACUGGAACAAUCCAGUGAGAAUUGGAUCAACAGUAGCACAUUUGGAGAUAUGUCUUCCUUUACCGAAGAUGUGGCUCAAAGAGACCUUGACGCUAAUCAACAUGUUCUGGCAUGGAAUGGCGAGCCCAAUGUUAUGACAUGGAAUGGCGAGUCCAAUAUCGACAUUCAAGAUUCGAAUGCGGCGGAGGACCUUGCAUUGAACAGCGUGUUCGGACCGGAUAAGAUUGAGGAUGAAGAUUGGUUCCCGGACUUUGAUUUUUGUCUUUAAUGUCAAGUUUUUUACAGCUAAUCCCUACAAGGACCAUGUAAAUGUAAUACUUUGUGGAACUAAUCAUGCCUUUAUGCCUAUGGUUGUAGAGGCUGUUUCCUUGGAUGAUUAUGUUUCUUGGGUAUCCAAUAAAUUAGACCAGAAAGCACUAUGUUGCAUAAAAGGGGGCCAACCCCUGUGCCCUCGGCUCCGGCCCUUAGGCUCGUUUUUAUCUCUUUUUGAACUAGGUUCAAGAAUCUGUUGUCUCGAAUUCUUCGCCGCAUGAGGCCUAUAAGCACUUGCUUAUCUAUUUUAUUGAAGUAUUGCGAGGUUUCACCUUAUAUGAACCAGACGGUCCCCACAAAGUCACGGCGUAUCCUUUUUUUGGCCGUGGCAGAUGUGCGGCCAAACUAGUUCUUUACAAGUUGAAACAGCUCAGCGAAGCUAAGCUUUUGGGUCCGAAGGAGACUUCUUUGGCUUUACGCGGGUGUUUAGGUUUGAAGAAGCUCGGUGAGAGACCACUUAGUUCUUAUUAUUUUCUGUGAGACUUGCUGUACAUCACAAUAUUAUAAUUGAGAUUU